ACAUGGUGUUCGAAGAAUUGAUCACGUUAUUCGCAAAGCUCAUACUUUUAUGGAUUGCUGCUGUGCUUUUUGGCAACUUAAUCAAGAUGGCGUUUGAUUUCUUGACGUUUGAUGUGGAAGUGCCUACAUGUUUUUGCAUAGAUUUAGUGCUUGGUCGUUCCCGCCGGGAUAUCCACCAAGAUAUCGAAAACGGGCUACCUAGCUCUCCAGUAGUUCAUCCUGCCAUGCAAAGACAGCCAUCACAGACGGAGCUUGAAAAAACUUUGAGGCCAAUCACGGUCGGGACCAUUGUUCGGUACGAGGAGGAAAAAAUUGAAUCGCAGUACAGCGAGUGUGUUAUAUGCUUGGAAGAGUUUAAAGGCGGAGAUUGUUGUAGGGUUCUUCCUAACUGCAAACAUCAAUACCAUCAACAUUGCAUAGAUGAAUGGCUGGUUAAGGACAGGCAUUGCCCUCUUUGUCGUGGUUCAGUCCAUGGUUUAGAACCGACACCCAUCACUGUGUAGCAUUGAAACUAAAUUGGCUGUUAAUGUUUCAGUAUUCUCAUGUUCUAAAUUAGAAGGGGUUUGAGCUGCUUAAAGGUGAAGGUGUAGUAUAUGGAUGCUUUUUCUUGAUUUUUGAUAUAUAACUGUUUUCAUUAAUGAAUACAUUGAUAUUAAA